AUGGCGGAUACAGAGUCAUCUGAAGUCCUCGAACCCCAGGGCCGCCAUGUCUUCUACUGUGGCGUAUGCACAAUGCCGCCCGAGUACUGCGAGUACGGAGGCACCGUCAAAAAGUGCCAGGAAUGGCUAGAGAAGAACAACCCAGAGCUGUACGAGAAGGUCUGGUCACAAGAAGCCCUUGAGGCUGCAACGGCCGCCCUCUCGAUCGAUGCUCAGAAGCGUGCUGCCAAGGACGCACAGAAGAAGACGGCCAAGGCCGAGGCCGCAGACAAGAAGCAAGCGAGCCUGCUGGCCAAGAGCGUCGUCACAAUCAAGCGCAUCGAGCGCAACAAGCGGAAGCACAUUACCUCCGUGUCUGGGCUGGAGGCCUUUGGCCUGGACCUGAAGAAGGUGGCCAAGGAGUUUGGCAAAAAGUUUGCUACGGGUUCCUCGGUCACAAAAAUGGCGAGCGGUGGCGAGGAGAUUGUUGUGCAGGGCGACGUCAGCCCCGAGAUUGAGGAGUAUCUGCUUGAGAAGUACAAGGAGAUCCCCGAGGACAACAUCGAGUUUAUCGAUGAGAAGGCAAAGAAGAAGGCUGCUGCCGCCGCCGCCGCAGCGGCUGCCAACGCCGUACCACAACAGUAG